AAGUCUGUAGACCACUGGUGGUCUGUGAGGUCUGAAAGGUUGGCGACCGCUGUCUUUCUAAACAUGCUGCCAGAAGUCUCACCUAAUGUCUCCUUUUUAUAUCCAAGGGGGAUGUAAGUAUCUGUGUGCUGACCUGGAGGCAUUCAAUAUUACUAAGCACCUACUAUGUGUCAAAUCAUCAGCUAGUUGCCAAGAGUAUAAAGAUAAAAACCUUCCACAUUCUGGGGAAACUCUAACACGUAUGGGGUGAGGCAGUUUCCGCUGCAGGGGUAUUAUGAAACACGAUGGAUCUACCGUAUGGAGAGAAAGAUUGCAAACUCACCUGCUGGCUCCUGUUCCCAAGGACACUUUUCACUCUCCUGUCCUCUCCUAAUUCCUGUGCCGGAUGAUCUGCCUGGGAGCAUGAAAUUGUCUCAGGAACUCUGGUUCUGGUUCUACCUAUAUGAGAUUCCCUGUGACUUUGUCUUUUUGCUUGGUUCCUGCUUAUUGCAAACAUCUGUGACAAUUUUGUCCUCUUUUGCUUAAACUAAAAGUUAUGAAUUCUGCCAUUGAAAACCUGACAAUGUCUCUGUCUUCUAUCUACUCCCCUUUUGUUCCUCUCCUCAAAUACAGUGUUUAAGAAAGCUAUAUAAAUCCAUUAAAUCAAGAUAUCCAUAUUAUUGGAUGCAAAUCUUCUUGCUUUCCACACUGGGUUCCCCAGCCUCUGCACCGCUUUCCUGGGGAUGAGCAUCACAGAACUGACCCGCGUCUCCAUGGCAACGCGUCACAAAGCAUCCAAGCGCCGGCAGCAAGCGAUCCAGCUGGAAGAGCGCCCUGACGACUGCCUGUUGAGGUGGGAAUGGCACAGCCUGGGCCGGAGGUUCCCUACCCCUCUCAAUGUGGCCGCAAGAGGCCUGGUAAUACCCACUGGGACUCCUAUACUACCACGAUGAGGACUGCAUUCACGCCUAAGAUAGGAUCAAUGCCUGCUUUAAUUCGUCAAAAAGGUAUCCGAAGAUUAGGAUAUACAUAUUCACUUAGCGAUUCUCUUCACAAUCGGACACAAUACAAUGAUGAGUAUAUUUGGAAGCUACAUUCUAAAGAAGAUUUUUUCAAAGUUAGGACUCCAAGAGAGAUUGGGAGUCACAAUUCUCACUCCAGUCAAAACGUCUUUCACUGGACUCUACCUCCAAGUCACUCAACACCAGUGAAGAGCCACCUCCCUUGGAAAAUUGCUGCUUCGAUGAGCGAGGACUUCUUUCAUUGGACGCUACCUCCAUUUCACUCAACAACAGUGAAGAAUUACUUCCCUUGGAAAAUUGCUGCUUCCAUGGACAAGGUCAGGAAAGCUGUAUCUAAUCAGUUUAUUUCCCAUACUAGGAGAGACUUUGUGGACAGAGCUGAAGCUCAGAAGAUUAAGCAAAGUUCUCAUAUGUUUCUGGAAUGGAAAAAGUUACUUUCCCACCCCACAGACACUGAAUUUCGACGCAAUUACCAAGUUCCAGCUAAAAUUCCUGAGUUUCAGGAUUUUACUUUCAAAUAUGGAGGCUACUCAAGGCUACCAAUUGCUUCUCAGGGCCUAGUCCCUUCCGUGCUAUACAGCCACAUUAAGAAUCAGGACUGCACAAAGAAGCAGACCAUCUACCAGAGUGACUACGGGAAAGCCUACCUGGAUUUCUUAAUGAUCUUGAACUCAUUUACUCCCUCACAAAUAGCUGAGUACCUGCAAAGUGUCCCUUGCAAAGACAGAAAAAUUCUUCAUCGCUUUAUUCGCUCUUACUAUCGCAUUGACAAAGAGAUGGAAAAGCAAAACAGUCCAAGUGAAGAAAAUCUGAAAAUCAAUGAAAGGGCCUGUGGGGCCAUUUUAUAAAAAAUCAAAGAGAAACAAUAUCCAAAUUGUUCCAAAUAUAUUCAUGACUUUGUCUAAUUUUGUUUUCUUUCAAGGCUAUAAAUCCCUGCCCCAUACCCCAACAAAGCUCUUAAC